GGCUCGGCAGGCAGCCUCGGCCCAGCCUUGCGCACCGAGCAAGCACCUCGUUGAUCUGUGGUCUGUCUUGCAACAAGACCGCGCAGCAAAGACCGCAGGCGCUGGGGGGUUACAUAAAUUUAAGGGCCUGCCACGGGAGAGCAUAAUAUCAUGAAUCCGCAGCAGGGCGAGCAGCAGGGCAGCGAGCCCCCCCUGCAGAUCCCUCCCGUGCGCCAGGGCUACGGCCGGCGGCCCGCGCACCGCUCGCCGCCGCCGCCCGUGCGCAAGCGCGCCGCGGCCUACAUGGCGCCGGCGCGGGCGGCCCCCCGCGUGCGCCAGGACUCGCUCACCACGCUGCCGCCGCCGGCCGCGGCCGCGCCAGCGCCCGCAAAGGACGCCUGGGUCCGCUACGUGCACGUGAGCGGCGACGCGUACUGGCACAACGCCAGUACAGGCGAGUCGCGCUGGACGGCGCCCGAGGAGGCCGCGGCGCCGGCGCCGGCCGCGCCUGAGCCCGAGCCGGAGCCGCCGCGGUCGCCGAACAACAACCGCGUCGCGCCGAAGGUCGUCCCGGUGGCCCCGCCGACGCUGGCGCCGGCGCCGAGCGUCGCCGAGAUCCGGGCCGCGUACCGGCGCGAGCAGGCGGCGCGGCGGCCGACCAAGCCCGUCGUGCCGCCGGCGCCGCCGUCGCCGGUGGCCUGGCCGGCGCCGUCGCCGCCGCCGACGGCCGUGACGGCGUCGCCGCCGUCGCCCCCUUCAUUAACCGCGGACCCGCCCACCGGCGCGCGCCUGUGUGGAGAUCAAAUUUCGGGCGCCCCACGCUGUCCCCGUGACCCCGUCGGCUCGAUGGCGUGGAGGUUCACUGGUUGAUUUCCAACACAGGCGCCACCUACCGGGCUUCUAGGUUCGCGGGCUGCUGCUGGGACGCGCGCAUCCGAAAGUGGCGCGCGAACAUCCAAGUCAAGGGCUACCGCAUCCCCCUCGGCGACUUCGACGACGAAGCCGACGCCGCGCGGGCCUACGACGCGGCGCGGACGAAGUGGAAGGCGCUCAUGAAGAGCGUCAAGGUGCCCCUCAACUUUCCCAAUUCUGGCAUAGACGAAAAGACGCUCGCCGCGCUGCCGCCGCUGCCCGCCUCAUUACGAUCGGAACUACCGCCGCCGCCGCGCCGCCAAGUCCCAAACGUCGUGUUGGCGGCGCGGCCGCCGCCGCGGCCGUCCCCGGAGAAGGGGGCCUUCCCCCGGGAGUUGUUCGCUCUAGUCGCCGAUGAUGUGGAUGCGGCCCUGUCCAACAACUUAGUCGCGUGGUCGAGAGAUGGGCAAAGGGUCGUGUUCUUGGAGCCCCAGGCCUUCGCCGAGAAGGUCUGCCCGCGCGUCUGGAACCACAACAAGUGGGCCUCGCUCACGAAGCAGCUGAACAUCUAUGGGUUUCGGGCGUGCGGCGACGCGCGCAAUGCAACGGAGCCGGCGUCGUACGAGCAUGAAUACUUCAAGAAGGGCCGUGCUGAUUUAUUGUCGAAGGUAAAGCGCCCGUCGCAAGACAAGCCCGCAGCAAAAAACCGGGGCAAGCGGCCCUUUUAUGGGAAUCAGUUCACGCGCGAGGUCGACAAUACAGCAGUGUUGCCGGAGCUCGGUGCUCCGUUGGCUGAUGCGCCGCACGAGGCCAUCACGGAAAGCGUGUUUAGUGAUAAGCCGGCGAGACUGGGCGGCACGCACCCGCCCCGUUCUGAGGACGAUGACCCAUCGUCCUUCAAGGCGUCGCGAGCCAUAGGAGAUGCCGCAUGCGCGGCCGCGUUUCUGAAGCGAGGCUCUCGAGUGAAGUCGGCGGUCUCAGAGAUCGCCGCCGAGCUAAUUAGUGAAGAUUGUAGUAGAAGGGAAGCCACUGGAAGGGUGCUGAGGUACUACUACGCCUCUUUUAAAGCCUCGGAUAAGUAUCCGGCGGCGAAGGCGGCCUCUCGCGACGAGUUCGAGGAGGAAGAUUCGUCUUCAGGACGGGGCAUGCGUUUACGGAGGCGUCGUGAACGGUCGGAGUCGCCGGAAGUAGCUCCUACGAGGGAGAAGCGGAUUGAUCCCGUCAACGAAUUGCGGAGGGCGCUCAAGAACUGCCGGAGCAUGCGCGAGUGUUUGGAUCGAUUAGAUACGCGGACGUUGCGGGCCGUGCGCAACGCGGCGACGCAUUUACUAGAUGCUCGUUUGGAUGACGCCCUGGCGAAGCCCGAGCCGCCUCCGAGAAAGCGCGCGCGCCCGCCUCCCGAGCCUAGAAGGCGUGCCGUGCAGCGCUACGAGCCGGAGACGCCGGAGCAGGCUUCUCGCGCUGCUUUCGAAGCUUUGCGGAGCAAGCUGCGAGAUCGCGGCCAGGCGGGCCGCGACGUCCUCGCGGGCUGGACGGCGACGCGGGAGCGGAGCAUGCGCCAGGACGGCACGUCGAACGGGUUCUUAUAUCAGUUCACGGAUCCCGAUGGAGAGGCUUUUAUUUCAUUGUCGGCCGCGGCGCGCGGCGCUUUACGACGAUUGUCGAAGUCGGACUCCGAGUCCGAGGAGGAGGAGGAGGAACCGCCCCAGAAGCAUCGGUUACUAGGCGCGGAGUUCGACUACCACGUCGCUGGUUUAGGAUGGUGCCGCGGCCGCGUGGCCAAGGUCGCGCGGGGCGGUCUACUGGAGAUCCACUACAAGGACCUGCCGUACAACGCCGGCCGCCCCCAGGCCGCGCAGCGGCACCUCGCCGCGCGCGAGGUCGACGCCGCCGUGUCCAGCAGCAAGCCCAAGGGCGCGUCCUACUACGUCGCGCCGCAGCGCACGUUCGCGACCGGUAGAAGGGGCAGCCCGGGGCCCAAGCUCGAGAAGCCCGAGAUCUAUAAGUGCGGCGGCUGCGAUCGAGGGUUCACGACGCUGAGCGGGCGGUCGAACCACUACCGCUACUGCGAGGCCGGAAGGGCCUUCGCGGCCGCCGAGGCGGCCGCGCGCGCGCUCGCGGCGUCGGACGACGACGUCGCCUCGUCGGCGUCGCCGACGCCGACGCCGCCGUCCUCGGACUCGCCACGCGCCGUUGGUACAACAAAGCGGUUCCCCUGCCCGGCCGGCUGCGACCGCUUCUUCACGCACGCGCCGGCGGCCGUCCAGCACGGGAAGACGUGCGCCGCGAAGCAGAAGGCCGCGCGGGAGAGGGCCUUCGCCCACGAGGCGUCUCCACCUCCCCCCUUCACGUCGCCGCCCGAGACGCCGCUCGCCGACGCCGAGGCCCGCGUCCUCUCGCUGGCCGAGGGCCCGCCCGACUCGCCCCGUUCUUCCGAACCGGUUCCUCCUCCGCUUCGCCAGCCGAGUUGGUGGCCUACUAAUAGUGGUUCUUGACUUCGUCUUCUCCUGUUUUUUAUGGGAAUUAC